UUCUUUCUGAUGGGGCAAAACUCCAAGACUACAUUUCCCAUGAUGUAAUGCUCUUUAUUCUCUGUCUUGUCCGACUUCUCCCUGCCUCCAUAGGCCAGAGGAGGCUGAGUUUAGGGAAAGUAUCGACGUUUAUGCUUGUCAAUCAUCAAGGAGCCGUGGGGAGUGAAACUGGAGGGAAGAACGACGAACGAGGAGGAUUUCUUGUUCAAAAAGCACCUCACGCUAAUGCAACCAUAAUGUUUUGGAAAAAUAUGGGAAAACUGUAUAUAUUUUUAAGAAAACUGUUUUGUUUUACUUUGAAAAGGUAAUCAACCACGCGUUUCAAUACGCCGAACUUGGCGAGUAUAGCUCGCCGCUUCGUUGCUAUUCCGCUCGGGAAAACGAAAACGGUGGAUUACUUACGCCAACAAAGUGUGCGAACUAAGUUACAAGGAGGUGCAACUUCAGACGGAUAUUGUUGAGUUUAAAUUCAUUUUGUUUGAUAUAUUCCUCCCGCCAGAGGAGAGGACUUAAUCCCGAAGAAUCGGAGCCGCGCCGCUUUUGGGAAGCUAUUCCAGUGUGGAGGUGCAAGAAACCAAGCAACAGUGACGGUUAAAACUCAAAACAAAGUGCGUCUUUUCCUUAAAGGCUAUAAGAAAAUGAGCGGAGGAGAAGUGGUGUGUUCGGGGUGGCUCAGAAAGUCUCCACCUGAAAAAAAGUUACGGCGUUAUGCAUGGAAGAAGAGAUGGUUUGUUUUGCGCAGUGGGAGGCUGACAGGAGACCCAGACGUGCUGGAGUAUUACAAGAAUGACCAUGCUAAAAAGCCCAUCCGCGUGAUUGAUCUGAACCUGUGCGAGCAGGUGGACGCUGGUCUCACCUUCAACAAGAAGGACCUGGAGCACAGCUUCAUCUUUGACAUCAAGACCAUCGACCGGAUCUUCUACCUGGUGGCUGACACUGAAGAGGAGAUGAACAAGUGGGUGCGCUGCAUCUGUGACAUAUGUGGCUUUAACCCUACUGAUUCGGAAGACUCAACAAAAGUCUCUCACCAACCAGGUGUGCCAGGGGGUCUGGUGGUGGAUGUGGCACCUAAUGUAGGAUUGGGAGGAGUGGUGGGGGCUUCGGCACUGGGUAAUGUUCCCCCUCCUUACCAGCCCGUCAAUGUCAGACACCUGGAGUCCUCCUCCAGCCAGGAUGAGCCUCAGGACUACCUGUGGUUGGCUCACUGUGAGAGCAAGAAACCUGAGCCAAACAGUCCAGUAGCUCCUCUUGCUGUAGGGGAGGAGGAGCAGGAGUACCUGCUCUUGGAGGAGUGUGAGACCCGAAGCGCUCCUCUUGACAGUCAGGCUCAUGCCGACUGCUCCAAGUCUACCUCCUCCGAACCCGACUGUAACGACAACCUCCCUUCCCAUUGCACGCCCACCUCCGCUUCCUCCUCCAAGCACGCCUCUGUCAAUGGCUUUUUUCCUGGGCUCUACGACUCCCCUCCUUCACGCGGGCACUCUCUGUCGGCCGAUUCGCAAGGCCUGUACCACCUGCCCCGAAGUUACUCUCAGGACACUGUGCUGCUGCCGAAGUCGGCAUCCUCGCCACCUGCUCCCGACGGCGAGCUUGAUGUCUACGUGUUUAACACGCCUGCCCGCAAACCCUCCUUAGAGGCCCAGCUGAGGAACUUGUCGGUCAGUUACGAUAUUCCACCCACACCCGGAAGAGACAGCACCUACCAGGUUCCUCGUACGGCUGGGGUGGAGGCUGUUUCUGUGGCCACAGAUGUGGUACCCCCUCCUCGUCCGCCCAAGCCUUCAUUGACCACAGGAUCAAUUCCACCUGAUCGGUCGCCCACAGACACUUACGUGGUACCGCGGUCAGUGUCUGAGACUGAUGGAAAUUACUGUGUUCCAUCUGGUUCAGGAGGGAAUAAGGCGCUGAGGAGCAACACCAUUGGUACAAUGGAUUCAUCACGCCUGCGUAGAGAUUAUGGAUCUCAAGACUGCUAUGAUGUACCCCGUCCCUUUCCUUCAGACAACGUUUGCUCAUUCGAUUUUAAUGAAAGCUUUAACACCUAUUUUAAGAAUAAAGGCAUGGUGCCUGUAGGCUCCACUGAAGAGGUGGAUGAGAACUAUGUGCCCAUGAGUGUCCACUCAUCAUCACAUCACCGCUCGGGCAGCCUUUCUGAACCCAUCCAGGAGGCCAACUAUGUCCCCAUGACUCCAGGCACAGAGUUUUCUUCCCUCGGAAAGCAGGUGCCACCUCCAGCCCACAUGGGGUUCCGCUCCAGCCCCAAGACCCCACCACGUAGACCAAUGCAAAUAACCGAAUGCCAACCACCACCUAUAGACCGAAACCUCAAACCUGACCGUAAAGGUCAGAGCCCUAAAAUAAACAGAGCAGUCGGUCUUGAGCGAACCGACUCCCAAACCAUAGGUGAAUUCUCAAGACGUCGUAAGGAUUGCCGUCUCUGUGAAGUUAAGCCAGCCCCUUUGGAGAUCAAGACUGUAUCUGAGUGGGAGGAGCUUACGGCACCAGUCCGUUCACCCGUAACCAGGUCCUUUACCAGGGACCCCUCUAGGUUUCCCAUGCCUCCCAGACCGCCCUCUGGGCAUAGCACUGCCUCCAGCACCGACUCCGAGGACUGUGAUGAGAAUUAUGUUACCAUGCACACUAAUGCAGAUGAACCAAACAUGAAGCUAGGUGCUCCAAUGAAUGCUGAUGGAGGUGGAAGUCCCAUGGUAAAGCCCAAAGGAGACAAGCAGGUGGAGUACCUGGACCUUGACUUGGACCCUGGGAAGUCUACUCCUCCUCGCAAGAAGAAGACUAACGGAACUGGCAUUUCAGCAUCAGAUGAGCGAGUUGACUAUGUGGUGGUGGAUCAGCAGCGGACACAGGCCCUCAAAAGCACACGUGAAGCAUGGAGUGACGGACGGCAGUCGACAGAGACGGACACCCCCAACAAAGGGACUAAAUGACACCCAUCUCUUUCCUCCUUUGAGCUUGAUCGGGACUUGCAGUAGGCUGAGAAACAGAGAACGCUGCAGGCAGUCUGAACAUCCAGCCGCCUCCUUUUUCGACCUCCAUGUUGAUUUUUAGAUACAGCUGUGUAAAAGCACCUAGGUCACAGCUCCCAGAUCAGCUAGUUUACACUGCUUCCUGCUAGAUGACAGCACCCAUUGCAGGGGAGAGCUGAUCUGAGGGAACCUCAAAUAUAAGCUGACAGACUUGAGCGGGAUAGACUGUAAUGUGCACACAGGGGUUGAAGAGCUUGCAGAGUCUUUCUGGCUAAAAGUCCAAUGAAAUAACACAGCAGCAUUAUUCUUACUAUAAGCAUAUACACUGCCGCGCCCCUCACUCAGGUCUGGAUUUUGGACUUCUUUCCCCCAUUUGUGGUGUCAAAACUCACUAUUUCACAUGCUUGAGGUGCAUCAUGUCUGUAAAAUUUGACUAACUAGAACAACUGAAGUUUUUCUUCAAUUUUACAUGUUCACAAAACUGCCACAUUGAGUUUUUCAGAAUGCUUUUGGGAGCCAUUCUUUUCGUAAAUUUCCACGAUAAUCUGAAAUCUGUUUACAGUCAGGUUUCGUUUUACCAUUCGUUUCAUUUUUGGGGGCUACAAGUGUAAUUCAUUAGUGCAAUCAAAAGGUUUUGAAUUGCUUGAGCAGCAAAUCUACUACAGUGUAAGAGUUUGUUUAAAAAUGAAUUCAUUUACAUUUGAGACAGCAGACAGACUGUAUAGUGUUAUGUACAUGAAUGAAUUAAAGUGUCCUUUAUUUGUAUGUAAUAUCUGGUAUGUUUAGACUAAUGUGUGGAUUCUGCAGGAUAGAAGUCUUACACGGUCUGAGAUGGUAUCAGAAAUGUUAUUGGUGGAAUCAGGAACUGUGAUCGUUUUACACAGAGAACUUCUCUGUUUUUUAUGUAUUUUUUCCAUUUUUCUUUAAAGUAAGGUAUCAAUUUGCAGAAGCGGCAAGGUCAGGUACUCACUGUAAGGUUUAACACAGAUUUCAUUUUAUUUUAUUUUGCAACUAUAGAUAAUGUCUUUAGUUUUGCAGUUCACAUGUUCUCAUACAGUAGAAACCUUUGGUAAUUGCUUAUUAUGCAAGAUAUUAUCGGCUUUGUGCUGUAUAAGAUGCCUUCAUCGAGAUGGCGAAAAAGCCGGUCAAGUAGUUUCAGGAAUUUUAAUCGACUUUGCAUUUCUGUGACUGACUGUAUCAAUGCAUUUUAUUGCCACUUUGAUAAUUUAUUUCAGAUGGAGUUCCUCAGCUUUUGGAAACUAAUUGCCUUACCAUUGUAACUUUUUUGUAUGUUGUAAAUAUGAUACAUUCAGUGAUUUUCAGCUCAUGUCACAAUACAUUUAUUCAGAAUACAGAACUUUACUGUGUGUGUGUGUGUGCGGGCAAAAAUAGCUGUACUAACUACCUUUCUUAAGCCAAGACGACACAGUUGAUGUGCUGCAACACCACUGUUGGCUUCAGCUGUAUAUACUUAUACAGGCUUUUUAAGCAUGUCUUUUUUGAUUUAAAGCUGUGCCUUUAUUGUUUCAAUUCUACUUAAAACUUUUUUCUUUUCGAGUCCUUAGACCCUGAUGCUUUUUAUCUUUUUUAACGAAUCAAAAAGAAAUGUACAUUUUAAAAUAAACUCAAUAAAAAUUAAA